AGAGACAUGUCAAUCAGAUGUCAAGCUUGUGGCUACUGACUGGGCCAAUUUGGCAACCUAGUUGUGAUGGGAUAUAUAUGGACCCACUUUUGGCUUGAGAGGUUGCCUCAUGCAUUUUCUGGUUCUCCUACAGCCAGAUGGCUCCUGGCAGCCCAUGAGGUUGUAACUGGAACUUUCUUCCUCUGGUGCUCGUCUCUUUGCACAGUGCUGACUCCCCCUUUUCUGUCCCAACCAAGACAAGAAACCUAAAUCUGUGGUUGUGAUAAGGUUGUAAUCUCAUCCACACUCUUGAAAGUUCCCCGUCAAUUGACUGCAAAUUGUUCAUUCAAUGAUGGAAGGGAACUUCCUUCUGUUGUCUGAUCCAUAUGCAAUCAAGAGGAUAUAAUGGUAUUGCUUGCAUGGUGCUAAGUUGUUGAUCUGGAGGCAGUUGUUAGCACAUCCGAGUCUCUCUUUCUCUCAGAACUUGCAAUAGCAGAGCUCAACGAGGAAGGAAAAGUAUCAUUGUAAAAUAGCAUUCAUGCAUAUGGACCUGGAGCAUUGCAGGAGUUUCUUCACCGACUUAUUGAAAUGGAAAGGAAAUAGCUCGCAUCUGAAUCAACUAGUGAAGUUAAUGUUUGAGAGCAAUUUCAGUUCAUGGAUGGAGUGCAAAACUACUAAGAUAGCCACCUUGUGAAUCAGCUGCAGCCUACUAGUGCUCACCUUCACUGGUUGCUCAGCCAUUGACUGGAGAAGAUUUUUUGCUUGAAUUGUCUUAUAAGAUAUAAAUACAUGGACUUUUUUCUUCAGGCUUUAUCAUAAAACGUGGUGUCAAAUACCUUAAAAUGUUUGGUUAUCCAUUGGUUGAGAUCAUGCAGGUGAAAUAGAUAUUGUCGCUCUUUAGAUACCAGCAAUUUCUAAAAUUUGGACACGGAAUUGACAACAACCUCUUUUGGGAUAAUUCUUGGAUGAGAGCCUUCACAAUUGUACUUAUAAUCCAAACUUGAAUACUGACCUCUGAGCUGUCCACUGAUAUCAACUUCAUCUAUCAUCUGUAUAUGGUUAGACAACCAGCUUGAAAGACGAAUGGGUAUAUCAGGAUUGGAAGGUCUAUAUGGAUUUUAGAUAUCUGGUUCAUUGCUUUGUAUUUUGCUGGUUUCUACCUCAUCCACCUAUUCCAAUGUUGUGCAGAUGGGAUCAGACAUUUUGUUUUCUUCCAGAAACGGCUGUCUUAUGAGGACCUAUGAUGACUCCUUCCCAGUAUCUUCCCAUAGCAACAAACUGGUUUCACAUCUUUAAUCACUGCUUCUAUGGUUGUGGUACAUAUUCUGAAAUAUAUCAUAAUUCAAUUGUACAAGAUGUGCAUGAUUGUUGUUUAGAUUGUUGGGUUUCACACUCAUGAGGAGUGUUUCUUCUGCUAUCGAAGAUUCUUGCAGGGAACACAGAUGCAUUAUUGGGAUUGGGAGAAUUGGCAGGGAGCAGCUCUGAUGGUGGGUCACCAAGCAACUACAGACUUCCCACAUGCAGGAGGAAAUUGGCAGAGUGCAGCUUCCAUGGAGUCACGAAGCAACUCUAAGCUUUUCACCUCCAUGCAAUGCUCAAACACACCAAAAAAGGCUACUACUGCAUCUUGUAGUGUAGUAUGGGUAGCAAAGUUUAAUGGUCCACUGCAUCCUCUAGCCCUUGUUAUUUGAAAGCUGGUGGUGUACAUUGAUCUUUUGGAUCCACCUCUUCCGUUCCAGGCACUAGAAGCCAGAGUUUGUUUUACAGAUUACCACCAACCACGGUCCAACAUUCUCUUUAUCAUCAUCAUAUCUGAGAAUAAGGUCUUCUGCAGAGAUGAUCAGAAUGAGGAGGAAGCGUCAUGAGAAUCCAAAAGAGGAUAAAAAGAAGGAACACCAUGGUGAUCAUGCUUGAACAACCUAUUCUGAGCAAGGCGCAAGAGUAAGUCACCUCUCACGGGUGAUAUCCCAAAGAAGACAAGGGCUCUCACGUGGGGGAAGGGGCCAAUGACACGCCCUCUUAUUUAUUGAUUGGGAUGCGUGCUACCACAGUUCACAUAUAUGAUGCUCUUGGUGGUCCAUCACCAGAUUUGUUCUCCCCUCCUCUGCCAUCCAUCAGAGACACCCACCUAUUACAGCUUCUCUUUUUCGUGUGAUGAUAAUAUAAGCUGUGUUCGAUGCGUUUGCCAAUGCAAAUAGAGCGCAUUCCCAAUAAUUUAAUGACGCAGUGAUGAACUUAUUUUGUGGGCCCUAAGAUGGAUGGCAAGAGAUCUUCCACAGCAGCUCCUCCAUUAAGGUCUACCACAUUGAGUGUUUGCUCUCCAUGUGUCAUGCGUACAUGGGAAGACCUGCUUCGAUCAAUCAAAUGCAAAGCCCAUUUUGUUUGGAGUUGCAGUAUGUACUCACUGCUCGACCAGGGAUCUACCUUGGAUUCAUGUAAGUCAACGGGGUGUCUCUCUCGGAUCUGGUAUGCCUGAUCUCCUACCCAGUCAUCCCCUCCUAUUAAUGAACUUGCCAUAACCAUGCCUCUCUCUCUCUCUACGAUGGAAAGGGGAGUUCAAGAUUGGAGGACAGUCUACCUACAAUAAAAGAGUGCAACUGUCCUAGCUUUCCUGGUUGUGUAUCAUGCCAAAGGCCCAAGCAUUCCAUGUCCUAGAUACCCAUCUGGCUUGUCUUUUCUCUCUUUUGUGAUUGUGAUGUUGAUGUCUUGCUAAUGCUUCUCUCUCUUUCUGUUAAAUCAACAGACCUGAAGCUGCCAUUUUGUUGCACUGGGUCAUUGGAUUCUCCUUUGGAGCCCUUAUUAUGGGUUUUCCCUUGGUUGGGUAGCUCAUCAAACGCUAUGAGGAGAAUAUAGUCCUUGAUGGAAUCUUCUCUGCAUAUGGAAGGGAAUGUCAAUCUACUGGUGCGAUGGACUGGCUGGAGUUGCCAUGGUUGCUAGAGACAUGGUAAUGGAGCAUGCAGGAUCAGAAUACGCACAGUGAGAGAGAAGGGGAAGGAGGGAAGAAGAUGUCUACUCUUUGGUUCACACUGAAGAGAUCUCUCCACUGCAGGUCUGACCCUUCUGAUGUCCACGAGCCAAAGGCCAGGGGCCAUCUUGGCGCCAUCUUGUCCAGGAAGACAUGCAGGUCUGGUUGCUCCAGAUCCAUGGCCAACCUCAGAGAUGUAAUCCAUGGAGGCAGGAGGCAGAUUGAGAGGCCAAGCUGCUGCAGCCCAAGGUCUAUUGGGAGCAGUGAGGUCCUGAACCCCAUUGCCCAUGAGGUAGUUCUCAGUGACUCCGGGUGUGAGCUCAAGAUAACUGGAUUUCGGAGUCACUAUGACGGUGGUGGUGGCGAGGUAGGAUCCACGUUUGUGGGCACCCUCAGGCCUGGGACUCCCGGCCCCGGAGGAUGGAGCACCAGUCCUCCAAGAAAGGCUAAUCGGCUUCUCGCCGAUCGAGAGGGUUAUCCCCUUUGGGGUUCUUCACUUUCUAAUGAUGUUCUUGGCAACGACGGAGCUAAUCAUUUUCCUUUGGAAGCCAGGUCUUCUGCUGGGGCUGCCACUCCUACAAUCUGCCAUAGAUGUGGUGACCAGUUUGGGAAAUGGGAGGCUUUGGAGGCACAUCAUCUGUCCAAGCAUGCAGUUACUGAACUACUAGAAGGCGACUCUUCUCGGAAGAUAGUAGAAAUAAUAUGCAAGGCAAGUUGGUUGAAGUCUGAGAGCAGUUGUGGACGGCUAGAACGGGUCCUAAAGGUCCAUAACAUGCAAAAGACUCUCACUCAGUUCGAAGAAUACCGGGAAAUGGUAAAGAUUAGAGCCAGCAAGCUUCCCAAAAAGCAUCCACGAUGCUUGGCUGACGGAAAUGAACUGUUAAGGUUCUAUGGUACAACAGUCUGUUGUUCUCUUGGCAUAAAUGGUUCUUCAAACCUUUGCACAUCAGAUAAGUGCAAUGUUUGCCGCAUUCUAAGACAUGGAUUCUCCAAAAGAAAAGAGAUGAAGGGAGGCCUGGGAAUGUUCACAACUUCCACUAGUCGCAGAGCACUAGAAUCGGUUCAAGUGCUUGAAGAUCACCCUUCCAUAAGAAAAGCCUUGCUGAUAUGUAGAGUCAUUGCCGGGAGGGUUCACAAGCCAAUGGAUAAAUUACAGAAUUUGGUUGGUCAGUGUGGGUUUGAUUCAGUGGCAGGAAAAGUAGGUCCUUAUGCAAGUAUCGAGGAGCUCUACCUUCUCAACGCACGGGCUCUUCUACCAUGUUUCGUGGUAAUCUGUAAACCGUGAAGAGAUUCGAACUGAUACUUCUUUUUGCAGCAGUGCUUUCGAUACCCAUGAAACAUGAUUGUUUUAGAGGGUUGGUUUUUUGUUGCGGAGGAUUUCCAAUCCAUGCACUUUGUCAAGUUUAGGUUUGCCUCAUUCUUAGAGCUUUGGUUGUAUCUGAAAUGCAACUAUUUGUUCAUCACAUAACCUUGAUCGUUACAAAUAACUGUUGCUGCAUGUGAAUUGGCCUCAACUUGCGCUACUGUCUAAAUGGUAGAUCUAUAAGGUCCAUCUGAAAGAACGGUUAGUGCAAUCUUCCUCCGUAAGGGGUGCCUACAAACGGGGAUUUAGCAGCAUAAAUUGAGAUAUGCUAAGUGUGCUGCUUCCGAUGACCAGAAUGGAGGCAUUUGCACAAAGGGGCAAGGGAUUAUGUCAGACUUCCUAUACCAUGAAGCAGUCUAAAAUAGGCCUACAAGUUACUAGAAGAAGCCUUCGAGGGAGGUUACCGGUGAUCGUCGCUGUUAGCGCGAGGAAGAACCCGACGGGAGACGCCGCCCUUUGCCUUGGCCGCCCUGCCGGCGGUCGUCUUGCCGUCCCGCGCCGCCGCGGAGCAGUUCUCGGAUAUCGCCGCGAGUGACGGCCUCCACGUCGUCGUGGCGUCGUUCCCGGCUUCCCCACCGCGGCGUCGGCGGCGGCGGCGUUCUUCACGGGGAGCGGCGGGGAGUCCGAUCGGGGCGCCUGCCGCCCGGGCCUCAGGCAGCGCCUUCUCGGGCCACGGAGCUCCGCAACUGCACUGGAGGAAGUCGGCCAGCCUCAUCCUCCGCUUCCUUUCACAGAGAGAGAGAGAGAGAGAGAGGUACUGAUUUAAUGUAUUUACGAUUAAUGCCAGUAGGAGUCACAUAAGACCGCGUGGUUUCUGUUGGUGGAUUGGCCUUUAUAUAGAUCCUGUCGGACUGCAAAAAGACCAAAAUAAUGGAUCUUGUGGUGGAUUAAGAGAAAUCCACCAGUAAUUUUCGGUCCUCGAUAUAUAAUGGAUCAUGUUUGGCUUGUCCCGAUGACUAAACUUGCUCGAGAAACAACAGAAAGUAUCAUUACCCUUGUUCAUGGAUCACAUUAGUUCAUAGUUUGUUUCAUCGACGAUCAUUGAUGAACCCAACUUGUCUCUUUCUUUUAGUAUCACCAAAGAUAACCUAUGCGGCAAACACGAGGAAUCCACAAGUUGAUGCAGCAGCACAAGACUCUGCUGCUCCCGAGCUCUCCAUCACUCGUUCUACUGCCCUGUCGAAGCCGGUCUCUGGAGAAGCCAAAGACUGUGUUGCAAUCAGAAGCAUUCAGUGUGGACAGAAUCCUCCCCGUUGGUGGCUCCAAAUGACCUGUGCAUCAUCUUCUACUCGGAAGAAGCAGAAAAAUCUUGCUCCAUUGGUGUGUGUGGUUGCUGCGAGCCAGGCAUCGUCUCGAUCAUGAAGAGGGCUUACUAUGGAUGCAUGCAUCUCUUCCUCUGCUCUGUUGAUGUUCCCUGUGACUGUGAGGCCACUGUCAUGCCAUUAUUUCUGUUGUUUUGGUGCCUGGCCAUGAUCCCGAGUGUCAUCUGCUGCUGCAGAAACAGAUGAGCGAAGGAAGCAACGAACACCACAGGCAGAGUGACUGAGUUUGACCUCUGCAAGUUGCUAGCUGAGGACAUGAUCAGUGGAAAAGCGAGAUCUUUUUCGCCCGCAAUUAUGACUCAUUUAACAUCAGCUAUAUACUCGAGAAGAUAGCAAUUGAUGGUUAUUCUCUGAUAGAAAGUUAUUUCUUUUGGGUGCACACGGCUGAUACAUCAGCUUUGGCUGAUUAAAAAUGUGAGUUUUUGUUUCACUGAUAAUUUCCAUUCAUAAUCGGGAUACUGCUACUAGUGAAAGGUACCAUUGUGAUUGUUUGUGACUCUCGUCACUCUCCAUGUUUAUGCCAUUACAUGUGAUCAACAGAGAUGUCUUCCAUCAAUUGACGUUAUUGAAGCAACAAAUUUCUAUGUAGAACAUAUAGCAACCUUAUUCUGGAUAAUGAUAAAGGCAUUCCAACUCCCGGCCAUAUACCUGAUUCUUGAUAUUCAUCAAAUCUCCUAGUACUCUGCAAAAUAAUUUACAAUUUAUUUUUCCACUUGGCAUCUAAAUGAUGAUUUAUUUUGCCUUUGAACUGAGUAAUUAUUUUGCACAAAGAAGAUAUUUUGCUGAGCCUGAGAUUUCACAUUACUGUUUGUUUAAAUUUUAGGUCAGACAGUGAGCCGAUUGAUACAAAGCAGUACCUUGAGGAAACUUGCAAGCCAAAGUGUGUGUGUCCUUUACACGCAUACCACGUAUUUAAAACUUCUGCGACAUUUCUACAAAGCUUCUUGAUUUUUCAUAUUUUUCUGAACACCUAGUGAGAUUUAUAAGUAGAUAUAUUGGAAAGUGGAAGACAUUCUUCUGUUUGAUUAUGGUGUAGUUAAACUUUGACAAUUACUGAAAAAAGGAACAGAUUCCAUGUAUUUGUGAUCUUUUAUUAAAGUUCUUCUAGGAAAGUUCUUUCUCUCUCUCUUCUUUUCUUUUGGGGGAUGGGGUUGGCGUUGCUCCCCUUCACCUCACAGAAAUAGCAUUUUACCAAGGUAACAACUAGGUUCUUAUCAUUCUGUUCUUUGUAUGUUUCAUUUCUGUACCCAGUCAGUGUUACUAUAUAUAUUUUUGUUUGAGACUGUUAGAUAUUAUUGUUGUUAGUUCAAGUGGCCUCAACUUUUGAAUGAACAGUUAAUACUAAUAAAUAACAUGCACACAGCAAUAUAUGGUUUCUAAGCCAAGUAUUCUUCUAUUUGGUUUAUCAAAGACGUCUUUGAGACAACAAUUGUAUGAAGUCCCUAGAGUUGCAAGCUUAAUGAGACCCUAGAGCAAAAUAUUUUGAUAAUUAAUUGUUGGUUCAGAUUGAAGGUUGUCAAGAGACUGCUUUCGGAUUUAAUUGUUGUUAUUGUUUUUAAAGAAUGAUUACUUGCCACAUACAUGCUUUUGUGCCAUUUUCCAUCUGCUGUGUUUCAUGAAUAAAAUUGCAUUAGGCAAAUUGGAGCCGUGAUCCAAGUACCGACAGUUAAGAUGAGGAACUUUACGAGGUUACAGGUCCAUAGUGCUGAAGUUUGUUAGAGCACCAUUAGUCGCCAUGUGUUGAGAGAAUCAAAGAAGAUGAGACUGGGCAUAAGCAUUGUACCGGGCAAUAUUUUGAUUACUGGAUGUGUAUCGACAACUGUGUUGUGCCAAAAGUUUUUGACAAGCCGAAGUGAUAGGAGAAGAAAUUAUUGCACCAUGAGUUCAAGUGAGUUACAUUUUGAGCUUUAAUAGGAGGUUUAAUGUUCAUUUUGCCACUACCAUGCACCUCCAAGCACCAAACUUGUACUUGGUCCUAAAACCAGUUGGCCUCUCUUCUCAAGAACAAUCCCUAGUGGGUAUGUUUUGGAAACCUCUGCAAGAAGGUAAUAAAGAGCAAUUCUCUGCAAGCAACUGAUCAGACAAUGAGUUUACUGAAUCUUUUUUGACAAAUGGAGUUAAAGGAGAUCUAUUUGUGGUUA